AUGAAGACUGGCUUGAUCGACCUUGUGAACAGCAAGGUUGGGGGCUCUCUCGGCGGCGGCGGCCGUCGGACAGACAACCAGGUAAACUACUACGCGCAGCGCCAGCUCACCACCGACGACUGGAACAAGCUCAUGGAUAAGAACGUCUCGGUCCAGCUGAAAUUUUUAACGGUUGUCAACCGUAUGGAGUCGAUCGGUUGCGUGUUCUCGUCCGAGCACACGAUGACUCACAUCGUGGGAUUGAUCACUCUGGCUUCGUCACCGCCUGGGGCCCGUGACAUUGGGGUCUUGCUGCAGAACGCCUGGCAGAUGUUGCAGGACGUCAAAUUGGCCUUCAGACGCACUCGCACUCGGGUCAGGUUGCCGCACCACGGAGCCAUCGCCGAGUACCCUUCGAACACGGACUCGAUGAGUACGAGCCACGUGGACAUGUACAAGAGGGCCUACUCCUCAGAAGGACCAGCGCCCUGCCGCGUCGACGAGACGCUGCUCUGCGAGCUGAGGACCCACCACACGGUGGCGACGCCGAUCAAGACGUCGUGCCGCGGCCCCCGCAGCAUGCCAGAGAUCCACGGUCCGGAACCGCCUGCGGCUGCAGGCGCCGCAGCAGCUACGGCGGCGUGUGAGCCCGCGCCUGCAGCGGGCUCAGGCGGCGCCAUCGAGAAGGGCAAGAGCGUCGACGACAUCAUCGAUGGCCUGGCGAAGCACGUCAAGAAGAAGGUCCCCGAGUUGGCGCGGCGCAAGCCAGCAGCGGCUCAGGCCAAGCCCGCUCCGAAGAAGGAGACGUCGACACCCAUGAAAAAAAUUAAGAAGAAGGCGGCCAGCAGUGCGAAAUCCAAGAAGGCGGCGGCCAUCGACACCAAGCAACUCCAGAAGCACCUCAAGCAGUUCCCCUUCCCAGGCAUCCCAAAGGCCCCAAUGGAGCCCGUGAGGGCGGGCAACUACGCCAUCUACACUGACCGCACCAAGCGGGCUUGGCGCGUCAAGGAGAACAACGUCAGGACGGACAAGGCCUUCGGCUGGGGCGUGGACUGCGAGGGGUCGUGGCGCCGCGCGAUCCACUACAUCUUCGCGUGA